AUGUGGAGCAGCAAACACAAUCUGGGAAGACCUGUGGGGACUUUAUCCUGCCGUCAUGUUUCUGUGUCCAUCUUUCCGAGGGAGAGGGAAGCUGGGGAGAAGUUAGCAGGAAGCUCUUCUCAACUCCCCAAACAGAACUACGAGGCUUUGUUGGAAAGCUGCCUGAGGAGCCAAUGCCUCUUUGAAGAUGACAGAUUUCCAGCCACUCUGAGCUCCAUUGGUUGUGGGCCCCUGCUGCAGAAGCUGCCACCCCGUUUGCAGUGGAAGAGGCCUCCGGAGCUGCACAGCAAUCCCCAGUUCUAUUCUGCUGGGGCCAAAAGGCUGGAUCUGUGCCAGGGGUAUUUCCACAGAGACUGCUGGUUCUUGGCUGCUUUGCAAGCUCUGACAUUGCACCAGGACAUUCUGAGCCGAGUUGUUCCCCUGAACCAGAGUUUCACUGAGAAGUAUGCUGGCAUCUUCCAGUUCUGGUUCUGGCAGUUUGGGAACUGGGUUCCUGUGGUGAUAGAUGAUCGUCUGCCUGUGAAUGAGGCUGGCCAGCUGGUCUUUGUCUCCUCCACCUACGAAAACUUGUUCUGGGGAGCUCUUCUGGAAAAGGCCUAUGCCAAGCUCUCUGGCUCCUAUGAAGACUUGCAGUUUGGACAGGUGUCUGAAGCACUUGUGGACUUCACCGGGGGAGUUACAGUGGUCAUCAACCUGGAAGAGGCCCCUAGAAACCUGUGGGACAUCCUAACCCAUGCCACCUACAAUAGAACUCUCAUUGGCUGCCAGACCCACAUAGGGGAGAGGGUGCUGGAGAAUGGAUUAGUGGAUGGUCAUGCCUAUACACUCACCGGAAUCAGGAAGGUGACUUGCAAAUAUGGGCCCAAAUAUCUAGUCAAACUGUGGAACCCCUGGGGGAAGGUGGAAUGGAAAGGAGACUGGAGUGACAGCUCAAGUACAUGGGAGCUGCUCUGUCCCAAAGAGAAGAUUCUGCUGCUGAGGAAAGAUGAUGAUGGAGAAUUCUGGAUGACACUGCAGGACUUUAAAGCACAUUUUGUGCUUCUGGUCAUCUGUAAACUAACUCCAGGCCUAUUGAAUCAGGAGACUGGCAAGAGAUGGACAUACACCAUACGGGAGGGGAGAUGGGUCAAGGGGAGCACAGCUGGUGGCAGACUGAAGUCUUCCCAAGGCACAUUUUGGAAGAACCCGCAGUUCCUGCUGUCUGUCUGGAAGCCUGAGUCAAGAGAGGGCUCCUUGCAUCCCUGCAAUGUGCUGGUAUCUCUGCUGCAGAAGCCCAGGCACAGACACCGCAACUGGAAGCCUCACCUCGCCAUUGGCUUCUACCUCUUCAGGGUAGGACAGAUCUUGAAUGACCAGAGGAGACUGCCCCCCAUGUUCUUCUGGGAAAAUACUCCACUGAAACAACCUGUGACAUUUAAAAUGGAGAAAGAAGUGAGCCAAGAGCUAUGGCUGGACCCAGGGAGAUACCUCAUUGUGCCCUGCACAUCCAAGGCCCACCAGGAGUUGGAAUUCAUUAUUAGGGUCUUCUCCAGAAAACACAUCUUUUAUGAAAUUGGCAGCCAUUCCAGUGUUGUCUUCUUUAUGGAAAUAAUAGAUCAAAAUGAAGGGCAGGAUGAAUUCUUCACCAAACUCUUUGAAAAGUAUCCAGAAAUAAAUGCAGUUCAACUGCAGAAUAUCCUGAACCAUAUGACCUGGUCAAAUCUAACGAGCACAAAACCCUUCUUCAGCCUUGAUGCCUGCCAAGGGAUCCUGGCCCUGCUGGAUCUUAAUGCAUCAGGUACCGUGAGCAUCCAGGAAUUCAGGGACCUAUGGAAGUGGCUGAUGCUCUGUCAGGAGGUUUUCCACAAACAAGACAGUCACCAGUUAGGAUACCUGAACUGGAACCAGCUGCGGGCUGCCGUGAAGGAGGCAGGAAUUGUGCUCAGUGAUGAUGUCUGUAAACUGAUGCUCAUCCGUUAUGGUAGUCCCAGUCUCCAGAUUGACUUUGUGAACUUUGUCCACCUGAUGCUGCGUGCAGAGAACAUGGAGGAUGCUUUCCAAAACUUAACCCAAGAUGGCAAAAGUAUAUACCUCCAGAAGCCAGAGUGGCUGAUGAUGACUCUGUAUUCCUGA